GAUGGACUUGUCUAACUGUACAGAGGGGUUCUUCUCCCUGGGCGAUGGGGGUGAAGAGGUUUCUAUAACCCCCCCAAGUAAGAUCCUCCUCACCCUCACCCUGUCCCUGCUCGCUGUCAUGACAACAGCCAUCAACUCCCUGGUGAUCACAGCCAUCAUCGUAACCAGGAAGUUGCAUCACCCGGCCAACUACCUGAUCUGCUCUUUGGCGGUGACAGACCUGCUGGUGGCCAUCUUGGUCAUGCCAUUCAGCAUCCUCUACAUACAGAGGUUGCUACAUAGAUUCAACGAAUUUUUGCACAAUUGAUUGAUUUGUAUUGCAGCAUAAAGUGUCUUACAGCAUUUCAGAUGCCCAUAUAUGCUUAAAAUACUUAUUUUAUCAAAGUAUACACUGAGUGUACAAAACAUUAAGAACACCUUGCUAAUAAUGAGUUGCAACCACCCUUUUGCCCUCAGAACUCCCUCAAUUCGUUGGGGCAUGGACUCUACAAGGUGUCAAAGCGUUCCACAGGGAUGCUGGCCCAUGUUGACUCCAAUGCUUCCCACAGUUGUGUCAAUUAAGCUGGUCCUUUGGGUGGUGGACCAUUCUUGAUACACACGGGAAACUGUUGAGAGUGAAAAACCCAGCAGCGUUGCAGUUCUUGACACAAACCGUGCGCCUGGCACCUACUACCAUACCCCCGUUCAAAGGUACUUCAAUCUUUUGUCUUGCCCAUUCACCCUCUGAAUGGCACACAUACACAAUCCAUGUCUCAAUUAUCUCAAGGCUUAAAAAUCCUUCUUUAACCUGUCUCCACUUCAAUCAUCUACACUGAUUGAAGUGGAUUUAACAAGUGACAUCAAUCAGGGAUCAUAGCUUUUACCUGGAUUCAACUGGUCAGUCUAUGUCAUGGAAAGAGCAGGUGUUCUUAAUGUUUUGUUCACUCAGUGUACAGUUUGUGAGCAUUAUAAUAAAGUACUUAAUAAUGAAGUGCUGUAACAAACAUAAUCACUAUCAUUAUUCUGUCUGAAUUCUCAGGGAGAGCUGGCAGAUGGGAGAGUCUGUGUGUUACAUGUGGCUGAGUGUUGACAUCACCUGCUGCACCUGUUCCAUCCUCCACCUGGCAGCCAUUGCUCUAGACCGCUACCGGGCCAUCACUGACGCCGUGGAGUAUUCGCGCAAACGCACUAGCCUCCGAGCCGGGAUCACUGUCGGCGUGGUCUGGUUUCUGUCCGUCCUCAUAUCCCUUCCCCCUCUCUUGUGGAGGAACCAUGGUGGGGAGCCGGAAGAGGACCAGUGUCUGAUAACUCACCACCACAUCGCCUUUACCCUCUACUCCACCCUGGGAGCCUUCUAUAUCCCCCUGCUCCUCAUCCUCAUCCUCUACUAUAAGAUCUACAGAGCAGCUCAGACUCUGUACCUCCGCAGGGGGGCCAGCAGGGGGGCCAGCCAACACUCCUCCAUGGUCAACGGAACCACCCUCCCCUCCUGCCCCCCUGAUGGGGACCCCCAUAGCCCCGACACCCUGAACCCCCAGGAGAAGUCCUACUCAGACCCCACCACAGAGGGAGACCGCGUGCGCAUUACUGUAAAGAGUCCCCAAAGUGAGUCGAGGCAGGAGCGUGAGUGUUCGUUGAGACGGCAGCGUAUCUCGGGGACCAGGGAGCGGCGGGCUGCAUCUACAUUAGGGCUGAUACUGGGGGCCUUCGUGGUCUGCUGGCUGCCUUUCUUCCUGAAGGAGGUGAUCAUCAACACAUGUGGCUCCUGCAGCACCUCCAUAGAGCUGGCUGACUUCCUCACCUGGCUGGGGUACCUCAACUCCCUCAUCAACCCUCUCAUCUACACUAUCUUCAAUGAGGACUUUAAGAAGGCCUUCCAGAGACUGGUUAGGUGUAGGCAUCGCCUC